GAUCCCCUCUCGCCUCCACGUGCAACACGUGGGCGCGGGGGUGGGGGGCGGUGGGGCGGCUGCUGGCGCCCGGCCAGGCCGGCUCGGUGGGCGGGCGGGAUCACCCAGGCCUGGGCAGGCGGCAGCCGGGUCCUGAGCCCCGAACCUGGCGCCGGCGGACAGUCCUCCCCCGACUCGGGGCGGGGCCUCCGCCCGGCCGCCCCGUUUUAUCUGCGCUCCGGAUGCUUGGAUGCCGAGGGCAGCUUCUCGCCGCUCUGCUCGGCCGCAGGGGACAGAAGCCAGUCAAGUUUGCCUGAUAUCCAUCAACCAGGCCCUGGACACCUGGUCUCAGCCCAGCUUUGCCUGCCUUGCCGUGUGAUCUUGGGCCUUUGUCCUCAUGGUGGAAUGGAAAGCUAGCUGAAUUGGGCAACUCUCGGGAAAGUCUUCCUGUCUCUGGGCUCCUGUUUUCUCAAGUUCCUGAAGGCAAGGAUCAAAUUCUUUUCUACUCUCCUCCCACCCCACACUCUGGGACCCAGCACAGGACAUGAGGCAGAGAAGGAGCUCACUCUCUGCCCAGCCCACAGCCAUGGCCACGAUGGUGGCCCAGAAACUCAGCCACCUCCUGCCCAGCUUGCGGCAGGUCCACCAGGAGCCUCAGCCCUCUGUGCCACCAGAGCCUGUGUUCACCGUGGAUCGAGCCGAGGUGCCGCCCCUCUUCUGGAAGCCGUACAUCUACGUGGGCUACCGGCCGCUGCAUCGAACCUGGCGCUUCUACUUCCGCACGCUGUUCCAGCAGCACAACGAGGCGGUGAACGUCUGGACCCACCUGCUGGCCGCCCUGGUGCUGCUGCUGCGGCUUGCCAUUUUUGUGGGCACCGUGGACUUCUGGGGAGACCCGCAUGCCCGGCCCCUCUUCAUCAUCGUCCUCGCCUCCUUCACCUACCUCUCCCUCAGCGCCUUGGCUCACCUCCUGCAGGCCAAGUCCGAGUUCUGGCAUUACAGCUUCUUCUUCCUGGACUACGUGGGUGUGGCCGUGUACCAGUUUGGCAGCGCCCUGGCGCACUUUUACUAUGCCAUUGAACCUGCUUGGCACGCCCAAGUGCAGACCAUCUUCCUGCCUACAGCUGCCUUUCUUGCCUGGCUUUCCUGCACUGGCUCCUGCUACAACAAGUACAUCCAGAAGCCUGGGCUGCUGGGCCGCACUUGCCAGGAGGUACCCUCGGCACUGGCCUACGCCCUGGACAUCAGCCCCGUGGCGCACCGCAUCCUUGUGUCCCCCGACCCUGCCACAGACGACCCGGCUCUUCUCUACCACAAAUGCCAGGUGGUCUUCUUUCUGUUGGCCGCGGCUUUCUUCUCUGCCUUCGUGCCUGAGCGCUGGUUCCCUGGCAGCUGCCAUGUCUUCGGGCAGGGCCACCAGCUCUUCCAUGUCUUUUUGGUACUGUGCACGCUUGCCCAGCUGGAGGCCGUGGCGCUGGACUAUGAGGCCCGGCGGUCCAUCUAUGAGCCUCUGCACACCCGCUGGCCCCACAACUUCUCCGGCCUCUUCUUGCUCACUGUAGGCAGCAGCAUCCUCACCGCAUUCCUCCUGAGCCAGCUGGUACGGCGCAAACUUGAUCUUGAUCGGAAGACUCAGUGAAGGGGGUGGCACCUGGUAGCGAGGGAGGUAUAGUGGGGGCCCAAGGGUCCGGAUGGGAACAGAUGGUAAUAGAUGGGAACCUUGGCUGCGGAUGGGAACAAGUCCUGGUAAAGUUGUUUGUGUCUGGCCCGUGGUGAUUCUCUGUGCAUGCCUCAGCUGCCAAGGGCAGCACUGGCCAGUCUUUGGAUUUGAGGAUUGGCUGGAGCUGCUGGGGUCUACUCUUGGGCCUGCCCUAGCAGCCUGCCCUGGGAGAGGGAAAGAGAAAGAUGUUGGUCACCCUGGUUUUGCCUCCCCUCACUGCCUCUCUCACUUAGGGAUGAGGAUGGGGGAUCAGCUCAGGCCAAGACCCUGAAUUGGAGCUUCCAGAUUAUCUGGGAGAGGGUGAAGCUGGGAUUUAGGUUAGAGUGAGAUCUGAGCUGAGGGACAGGGGAAGCAUCAGCAGCACCUUCUACCCAGAUCCCCUUGGGAAAGGACAGCCCUCUCUUGUGUGCAGGACUUUAAGGUUCCUUGAACUCCAGCUUGGAGCUUUGGUGCUCCGGAGAACCCCCAAAGGUAGAAGAUUGUGCCCGGUAGAAAUGGAUCCCAUCCAGUGCCCCACAGCUCUUCAGUCACUGUCCUGGGGAGCUCCACCCUCCUAGCACUGGACUCUGUCCCACUCAUCCUGUUCCCAUCAUCUUUCCUGGGUCCCUUGUUCAUGACUCAGUGUUUAUCCAUUCAGCGUUUCUUGGGCCUCUACUCAGAGACAGGCUAUUGAUGGGGCCCUGUGGAUUAAUGCAGGAUGGUAAAGGCUUUACUAUUGAAUGAACUGUCGGGGAAACACUGAGGAAGGAAUAAUUAGUGCUGUCUGGGACCCUCAGGGUCUUGGGUUGAGAAGGGUGAAUAGGAGUUUGCAGAUGGAGAAGAGGAAGUGCAUUCCAGGCAGAGGGAAAAACCUGUUCAAAGGCCAAGAGGGAUGGAAGGAGGAGUUCACUGGGGUUGAAAUCAGGGGUGGUCUGGACUUUGAUGUCCUGGAUGCAAUAAAAUGACUGCUAACA